AUGUGCGACAACGGGUCCAACUUUGUUGGAGCAAGGCGGCAGCUAGACGAAUUAGCUGCACUUUUCAAGGAUCAGCAGUCCCAGUGUUCAAUCGCAGCUGGCGCUGCGGACAUAGGGAUUGAAUUUAAAUUCAUUCCAGCCAAAUCCCCAAACUUCGGCGGUUUGUGGGAGGCGGCAGUCAAGUCAAUGAAGCAGCAUUUGAAGAAGACGAUUGGCCUAAGAACGGUUACUCCCGAUGAGCUCAACACGGUCUUGACACAAAUCGAAGCGUGUCUGAACUCCAGGCCGCUCACGCAAAUCAGCAACGAUCCUAGCGACUUGAGCGUACUGACACCCGGACAUUUUCUUGUGCAGCGACCAUUGACUGCGGUGGCAGGGCCGUGGCUGAAGGAUAUUCCGGAGGGUCGACUCUAA